CUCAGUUUAUUUUGAUUUAGUUCAAAAUCCUGUUGAGAUGAAGCUUUAUAUCCUGGGAUUCCUUUUAGCUAUUGUCUGGCAGGAGCAGCAUGUCAUCGCGCUUCAGAGUGGCCAGGUUUUAAAUGCUCUCCCUCGAACAACCAAACAAGUCAGAACUCUCCAGAACAUGACAAUGACAUUUGAGGUUGUUCUCUGGAAGCCAGAAGAUGUGGAGUUCAUUAAAAAGUCAGAAGAAGUCCAUUUCUAUGUCAAUGAUUCUCAUUUGGACAGAGUGAAAACCUUUUUAAGCCAGAACACAAUCAAAUUCAGCGUACUGGUAGAAGAUGUUGAAGACCUUGUUAGAAAACAAACCAUCAAUGACACAUUUGACUCCGAGAAAACCCUCAAUGGUACAUUUAGUCCCCGGACCCCUUCAUCAUACUACCAACGAUAUCAUUCACUAUCUGAAAUUUAUUAUUGGAUAGAUUUUAUGACUGAGACACAUGCUGAUAUGCUUGAAAGAAUACACAUUGGAUCCUCAUUUGAGAAGAGACCACUUUAUGUUUUGAAGCUUUCUACAAAGGGAGACACAUCAAGAAAUGCUGUAUGGAUUGACUGUGGUAUCCAUGCUCGAGAAUGGGUAGCUCCAGCUUUCUGCCUGUGGUUCAUAGGCUAUGCAACCCAGUUUUAUGGGAAAGAAGCUAAAAUCACCAAGCUUCUGAAUCAUCUAGAUUUCUAUGUCAUGCCUGUGUUGAAUGUGGAUGGUUAUGAUUUCACAUGGAAGACAGACCGAAUGUGGAGAAAGAACCGUUCCCUGCAUGAGGGAAAUCUAUGUGUUGGGACCGAUCUGAACAGGAACUUUGCAUCGAAACAUUGGUGUGAGGCAGGCGCAUCGAACUCAUCAUGCAGGGAAAUUUACUGCGGACCAUAUCCUGAGUCAGAACCAGAAGUAAAGGCAGUAGCUAGUUUCCUCAGGAGAAAUCUGGAUCACAUUAAAGCAUAUAUAACUAUGCAUUCAUAUUCUCAGAUGGUGCUGUUUCCAUACUCCUAUACCAUAAGCAAAAGCAAAGACCAUGAAGAACUUUCUCUCGUGGCAAGGCAAGCAGUUCAAGCUAUUCUGAGAGUUAAUAAAAAUGUUUAUUACACAUAUGGCCCUGGUGCACCAACAAUCUAUUUAUCUCCUGGAGGUUCAGAUGACUGGGCCUAUGACAUGGGCAUCAAAUAUUCUUUUACUUUCGAACUUCGAGAUAAAGGCCAAUAUGGAUUCUUGCUUCCAGAACGUUUUAUCAGACCAACAGUGAUAGAAAUUUUUGCGGCUGUCAAUUCAAUAGCUUCUCAUGUCAUCCUUAACACUUAAUAUGCCCCAUUUCAAAUAACUGAUUUCACGAUAGCAGGACCCAAUUAUUUUGCCAGAUUUUAAAAAGAAGUCUUAGUUUAGAUAGAGAUAUUUCCUAUCCUUUCAGGUUUUUACCAAAGGGCUAUAGUCAGCAUAAAUACUGCUUCUAUGGGGGAAGGGAGGGGCAGGAGUAAGAUAACCCAGUAUCUCAAGUUUUAUCUUUGUUGAGUCAUUUAAAAAGCCAAUCCUAUGUUCUUGCUGACUGGAAAUGGUACAUCAAAUCUAAUGACCACAAUGAAGGAGCAAGAUAAAGUGUCAGUGUCUAUCAGCUUUUGGUCCAAACUUUCAACAAAUUUCUUCCUAUACUUCAAAUAAAAGAAAGCAAGAUAUUA